AUGGCCGAUGACAAUCCCAUCCCCAUGUGGCAGAAGAUGAUCUCCGCGUGUCUGGGGCUGCUAGUGACCCUGGUGGUGGUGACACCGUUCGAUGUCAUUCGUGUCCGGAUACAACAACAAGAGUUACUCGGUCCCGGCCCCGCGUUGGUGUGCAAAGAACCUCAAGGCCGUCCCCCGCCGCUGGCACCGUUCUGGGCCACCCUGAACUAUUGCCAUGCCUGUGAUUGUCAGCGCAUCACCUCCACCUGGCAAGGUAUGAAGUCCAUCGCUCAGCGGGAGGGGCUCCCCACUCUCUGGCGGGGGCUCUCGCUUACCCUUUUCAUGAGCAUCCCCUCCAACAUCAUUUAUUUCACCGGCUACGAGUUUAUCCGUGACCAUCUGCCCAUCUACCACCACUCGCUUAACCCGUUGGUGUGUGGUAUGCUUGCUCGCACAAUAUCGGCGACGCUGGUGGCUCCGUUUGAGUUAAUCAAGACUCGAUUGCAAUCGGUACCGAGCACGGGAACCAGUGGAGGCAUGCUCCGUAAGCUUUGGCGUCAAACUCAGGCUGAUGUUCGAACUAACGGGUGGCGCACAUUAUUCACCGGGUUGACCAUCACGUUAUGGCGGGACGUGCCGUUUCUGGGAAUCUACUGGCUUGGCUAUGAACGGAUCAAAGCUUACAUUCGCCGUCACACCGACCCGCUGAAGAAUAGCCACGUGUUUAUGAACUCGUUCAUACUGGGAUCGCUCCUGGGACUGGUGGCAGCGAUUAUGACUCACCCGUUUGAUGUGGGUAAGACCAGACUUCAAAUUGAGGCCACCCAUCUGGGAUCAGCGAUGUUCAAGUUCUUAUGGCAAAUCGGCCGUAACGAAGGUAUCGGUGCGCUCUACGCUGGGCUCACUCCCCGGGUGAUGAAGAUUGCCCCCGCGUGCGCCAUCAUGAUUUCGUCCUACGAGAUUGGCAAGAAGUUCUUCAUGACUCAUUAA